AAUUUGUCACCUAUAAUUUCAAAGGUAUAUUGGCGGUGCAUGCAACAAAUUAGUUGUAUGUUUCAUCAUUAAAGAUAAUAUAAUGGCGACCAAGACAACAUCUUCACUAACACUUUUUGUUUCUCUUCUUCUCUUCAUCGGAGCUAUUUUCUCCACCCACUUCCUUUACUCUCCAUUCAACAAUUCCACCACAGGAUAUUCUCCACGAAAGACAAUAGUAACCCGCGUUAUACGCUACAAUCACACUUAUGCAACCCCAGCAGUCUCAAAACAGCCCCUGAAGAAACUGGAAAUCCAACUAAAUUGUACACUUGGGAACCUCACAAGAACUUGCCCUGCAUCUUACUACCCGUUGAAGUUCACGGAACAAAAUGAAUCCUCUACAUCAUCUUCUCCGCCGCCUACAUGUCCAGAUUACUUUCGUUGGGUCUACGAUGACCUAUGGCAUUGGAGAGAAACAGGAAUCACCAAAGAAAUGGUGAUGAGAGCCAAAAGAACGGCAGAUUUUCGGUUGGUGAUAGUGAAUGGAAGAGCAUAUGUUGAAACCUAUCAUAAGGCAUUUCAAAGUAGAGACACAUUUACAUUAUGGGGCAUUUUACAAAUGUUACGUAGGUACCCUGGUAAAGUACCUGAUUUGGACCUGAUGUUCGACUGUGUCGACUGGCCAGUUCUAAAGACUGAAUUCUAUCGACACCCUAAGGCCCCUGUUCCUCCACCUCUGUUUCGAUACUGUGGGAAUGAUAGUAGUUUGGAUAUUGUCUUCCCAGAUUGGUCAUUUUGGGGAUGGCCAGAGAUUAAUAUAAAGCCGUGGGAGACUUUGUCGAAGGAUUUGAAGAAAGGGAAUGAGAAGAUGAAAUGGACCGAAAGGGAACCAUAUGCAUACUGGAAAGGCAAUCCUGUUGUUGCUGAAACCAGGAGGGAUCUGCUCAAGUGCAAUGUUUCAGAAAAGCAGGACUGGAAUGCACACGUAUAUGCUCAGGACUGGGCUCAAGAAGAGAAGCAAGGGUACAAGCAAUCAGACUUAGCUAAUCAGUGCAUCCACAGAUACAAGAUUUAUGUAGAAGGAUCUGCAUGGUCCGUGAGUGAAAAAUAUAUUCUGGCAUGUGAUUCUGUUACGUUACUUAUAAAACCCCAGUACUACGAUUUCUACACCAGAGGUUUGAUGCCUCUGCAACAUUACUGGCCCGUAAAAGACAAAGACAAAUGCAGAUCAAUCAAGCAUGCUGUUGAUUGGGGGAAUACUCAUGAACAAGAGGCACAGGCGAUUGGCAAGGCAGCUAGCGAUUUCAUUCAAGAACAACUAAAAAUGGAUUAUGUGUACGACUACAUGUUCCAUCUCUUGAGUGAGUAUGCAAAGCUGUUGAAAUACAAGCCAACUGUACCUCGAAAAGCAGUUGAGCUUUGUUCAGAAGCAAUGGCAUGCUCAGCUGAAGGACUGACAAAGAAGUUCAUGUUACAAUCUAUGGUUGAAGGCCCCUCAGACGCGAUACCUUGCAACAUGCCACCUCCAUAUGGCCCUGCAGGUCUUCACUCUAUUCUUGAUAGAAAAGAAAAUUCGAUAAAACAAGUUGACUCGUGGGAACAGCAGUACUGGAAGAAACAACAACGAAGAUUUUAGUUUUUUUUUUUCACAUCUUGAUCUGGAAUUCCAGAUUUGGCACGAUUCAGAGCAGCGACAAUUGUAACAACA